AUGGAAUUUCAUUCAGACGACACUGUGAUUCUCAAUUUUCCUUUUACAGCAAAUAUGGAAGACUGGGGUAACGCAACCACAGUGACUGAGUUUGUGCUCGCGGGCUUCUCCAGACAACCCCAGGUGCGUGCCGCCUUGUUUGUCUUCUUCUUGGUGAUGUACGCAGUGGCCAUCGCUGGGAAUGGACUCAUUGUGCUGUUGAUUGUGGUGGAUCCUCACCUCCACACACCCAUGUAUUUCUUCCUCAGCAACCUCUCCUUCAUCGACGUCUGCUAUGUCACAACCUCCGUCCCACAGAUUCUGGCGAACUGCUUCAAAGACAAGCCCAGCAUUCCUUUUGGUCGAUGUUUUGCGCAAAUGAGCAUUGGUCUUUUCCUGGGCGUGGCGGAGUGCCUGUUGCUAGCAAUCAUGGCUUAUGACCGCUUUGUAGCCAUAUGCAGCCCGCUCCACUACAGUUUGAUCAUGAGCCGAAAGGUGUGCAUCAUACUGGCAGUCAGCCUGUGGCUCAGCUCUUUCGUCUUGACCAUUGUCCCCUUUUUCAGCAUGCAAGCAAGCUUGUGUGGUCACAACGUGGUGAAUCAUUUUACGUGUGAGCUCCAAGCUGUGUUGAAAUUGGCUUGUUCCGACACUAGCGCCAGCGGGCUCAGCAUGCUGAUAUCCAGCGUCCUCACUGUUCUGUUCCCCUUUGCCUUCAUCCUGCUGACAUAUGGGCGCAUUGGUCUGGCUGUCCUGCGCAUCCGCUCAGCCCAAGGACGGGGGAAGGCUUUAUCAACCUGUGGCUCUCAUCUGGCGGUGGUGGGCAUUUUUUAUGGCACCGCCAUGGCCGAAUACGUGAGGCCUCAGGCUGAGACCUUCACAGACAGGGAAAAAGUCGUGUCUGUCUUUUAUGGGGUCGUGACUCCAAUGCUGAACCCCCUGAUCUACAGCCUGAGAAAUAGGGAUGUGAAGGGAGCCUUAUGGAGGCUGAUUGGGAGGAAAGUAGAGAAAUAA